CAGGGGCGGGUAGGCGCUAACCGAGCAGUAUGGCGGACGAUGGAGACAGUUCGAGCGGACCAGUUGACACAAGCGGCGGGCAGGGGGCAGCGGAGGAGUCGGACGGGCUCGGCCUCGGCGGGAUGUUGCUGAAUCUCAGUAUUCUGGUGGCAGUGGUGGCCGUCUGCCUGGCGGUGUAUCGGCGGUGGGGCAGGCGGCUCGGCUCCGACGCGGCCCAGGGCGACGAGGCCUCGUCGCUUCCCAAGAUGAGGAGACGGGACUUCACUCUGGAGCAGCUGCGGGAGUACGACGGGCUGGAGAACCCCCGCAUCCUCAUGGCCGUCAACAUGAAGAUCUUCGACGUGACCAGCGGCAAAAAGUUUUACGGUAAAGACGGUCCGUACGGGAUCUUCGCCGGCCGCGACGCCUCCAGAGGUUUGGCCACCUUCUGCCUGGAGAAAGACGCCCUGAGGGACGAAUACGACGACCUGUCGGACCUCAACGCCGUUCAGAUGGAGAGCGUCCGGGAGUGGGAGAUGCAGUUCAUGGAAAAAUACGACUACGUCGGGAGGUUGCUGAAGCCCGGAGACGAGCCGUCGGAGUACACGGACGAGGAGGACAUCAAGGACCACCUGAAGCACGACUGAGCGGUUCCAUCUUUCACCGACCAAAGCCAGGAGCCCCAAACAGCUGCGACGGACCUCCUCCUCCUGCCCCCUUUACCCCACCUCCCUCCCCGAAACCAUCCCACCACCACCACCGACGACGAGGAGCUUCUUUUAAAAAAACAGCGUGCGGCGCGGCGGAGAGGGCCGUUUAAAAUGUUUUAGUCCAGGCGACGUUCGGGGCCGGGGGUGGGGAGGAGGGGAAGCGUGGUCGCCGCGGAGUCGCCGCCCGGUGGUCGGAGGCAGUCGGAGAAACAUUGUUCUGAGAGGAUCAGCAGGAUCGGGACGGGGGAGGCAGAUGUUUUCCUUUUUUUGUUGUUGUUUCUUUAUCUUCGGUUUCGUCACAUCGAACUGCUUCAGCUUCGGACAGCUUAUCAGUCAAUCAUUUCUGUUUCUUGUUCAAAUCAUUCUCCAAAAACAAACAAAAAUGUCAAAUAAAAAACCCCCCAAGGAGCUUGUGGAGAGAAGGGCGGCCGGAACCAAAGGUGACGACCGGGUGGGCGAGGCAUCUUCCUGUUGUGUUUGUAGUGAACGCACUACUAGUUCUCCUUGUUUGUCACCAUGUGAUUGUAUUUGUUGAGUAGCGUAGCGGGAGGGGAGUUUUGUUGUUUGUUUGUUUUUCUUUUAUUUUGAAAAAGGGUGGGUCAGAGGUCCUCGCCAUAAUGAAUUUCUUUGAAUCACAUCAGACGGACUGAAUCACUGAUCGGGAACACAAAAGGGAAAGGUGAUAAAGGCAGUCCUAAUCAAUCGACUCAAUUGUUUACAUGCCUCACAAGCCAGCUGCAAGUCUGUAGAUUCCCCUGAAAAAUGGUCCAAGUAUUAAUUGUGCCUUAUUUUGUUCGUCGCGUCAGUCCUGAGCCGGUCUAACGGAGGAGGCGAGCGGAAGGGACGUCGGUUUUUUCUCCUCGACUUUAAAAAGAAGGCAUGUCAGUCGUCCACGCACAGACUGUAAGAUUCCCCCACUUCACAAACUCUGUAAAUAGACCGUAUGAAUUACUCAGUGUUACUGCCAUAUUUAUGUAGUUGAUGAACUCCAUAUAUGCUAUGUCGUAUUGGCCAAAACCCCCAUUCUUUGUGUUUUUUUUCUUUCUUUUUUUUUUCUUUUUAAAUGUGGGUGAAUUUCCAAAAAUAAAAAAACGUAGAAGCGUCGCAAAGUGCUGCAGGGCGGGACCGGGAGCUGUUCUUGCGGAAUCUCUGUUUUUUUUCGUUGUUGUUGUUUUUCUUCGGAGACGUUGCUUAUCCUGUAAAUAUAUCUAUCAUUUUAUUAAAGCAUGUGCAACAACGACGUGGAGCCGAUGCUGAAUUUCCCACCACAUCAUGUAUUUAAAUGUCGGGUGUGUGCGUGCGUGUCUGCGUGACCGAGGCAGGAAGGGAUUUGUUCAUGCAUAAUAAAUCGAUUUGGUUAAUAAUUGAA